GCAGCAUUAGUACUUGGAUGACUUGAGUAUUGUAUGGCGGGGACGUGUGUGGUCAUUGUUGGUUACUCUGAGCCAUGGGUGACGCUUGAGCUGCUCCAGGGUCAGGCGCUGUUUGGGGUCUUCAAUCAAACACAUUUGCAAGAAAUCCUUGCAAUCUGGAGAGAAAGAAGGAGAAGAAAGAUGAAGGUGACGGCUAAAGAGAUCCAUCAGAAUGUGAACUCAAGUUCUUCCCGGUCGACAGGCCAUCACGGGCUGGUGACCGGGUCGCCAGGCCAUCACGGACUGGUGACCGGGUCGCCAGGUCAUCACGGGCUGGUGACCGGGUCGCCAGGCCAUCACGGGCUGGUGACCAGGUCGCCAGGUCAUCGUCAUCACAGGCUGGUGACCGGGUCGCCAGGCCAUCACGGGCUGGUGACCGGGUCGCCAGGCCAUCACGGGCUGGUGACCGGGUCGCCAGGCCAUCACGGACUGGUGACCGGGUCGCCAGGUCAUCACAGGCUGGUGACCGGGUCGCCAGGCCAUCACGGGCUGGUGACCAGGUCGCCAGGCCAUCACGGGCUGGUGACCGGGUCGCCAGGCCAUCACGGGCUGGUGACCGGGUCGCCAGGCCAUCACGGACUGGUGACCGGGUCGCCAGGUCAUCACAGGCUGGUGACCGGGUCGCCAGGCCAUCACGGGCUGGUGACCAGGUCGCCAGGCCAUCACGGGCUGGUGACCGGGUCGCCAGGUCAUCACGGGCUGGUGACUGGGUCGCCAGGCCAUCACGGGCUGGUCAUCGUCAUCACAGGCCAGUGA